GCAUGGAUGCUGUUCCUCUUGUUACUCCUGAUGCUCCUACCCCUCUGCCGCUGGCCGCACCUGCGCCUACUCCCCCGCCUCAUGUCGCGGAUACCCUUGCUCUGUUUGACGCCUCUUGGACUGUUGUCGAGCGAGAGUAUGCCGAGUAUGGUCGCGGCCGCCCGCCUAUUCCGCUUCGGGCCACAAAGCUCUUUUUCCCGGACCUGGAGAUGUACGAGGUCGACAUGAUGGUGCCGCAGUCAGACGAGGGUGGCUCGGGCGACGGCGAUGACCACGCCCACGCCGCGCCGUCCGGCGCCAAGAAGUCGAAGCUCGAGCAGAUGUUCGAGGAUGCUGCCGCAGACGAGCAGGGCUCUGAGAAGCGCAAGCGAAAGCGGAGACGCCGCCGCCACCACGGCCACAGGCGCAAGGGCGACAAGGGCGGCGAUGCCGGCAAGGUCAAGGGCAAGGGCAAGACCGGCGACGUCAGCGCCGAUGCUGACAACAUGCCCGAGGAAGACGAUAUCGAGCUCGAGCUUCUUGCCGAGAGGGAUCACAAGACCGACAAGCGCAACGCCAAGAUCCGCUCGCAGGACCGCGCCCCGCUCCUCCGGGUCUUCAAGGACCGCACCGCCAUUGCUGACAUUCCUAUGUCAGACCCACGCCGGACCGGUCCUGGCUACCUCGAUUCGGCGGCCUCCAUUGUCGAGAUCUCGUUCGAGGGCCUCGAGUUUGAGCUCGGCGACAUCGAGCCUUUCUUUGUCUCGGCCGCUGUCUUUGACCUCAAGCACAACUCGCGGCUGACUGACUACUUUUCGACUUCGCUCAAUCCGCCGCACCUCUGCACCAUGAUCUACGGCGCGGACAUCCCCGAGUUCCCAGUCACCUCGGCCCGUCGUGUCGCCUUUCCCAUCAUGUACCCGCACGCUGACAUGUGGCUCGUCGUUCGCAUCUCCAAAGUCCUGCAGGGCGACUACGAAGACGCUGCUGACGCCUACAUCAAGCACGCCAAGAAGGAUCCCGGCAAGUACCACAUGGCCGCCCAGGAGUUCUGCCGUCGUCUCGGUGCCUAUCGCCAGGACUUUGCCUUUGCCGCUAUCCCACUCUUUGACAAGUCCGGCAAGGUCACCGUGUCCAAGCGCGGCGUGCCGACCUGCCAGCAGACCUGCUCCCGCCUCUUCCGCCUCUCUAAGCUUGUGUCAGAGACCAAGCUCCUCGCCACCAUCCACGAGACCAUCAAGGCCGGAAACGUCAAGAAGCUCAAGGCCAUUCCCGGCAAGCUCAAGUACUCGGUCCGUGCCGCGCCGGCCUCGGGCUACGCUCCGCCUGGCCGCUACUCGCCGGCGCUCGCCCCGCUCGCCCCGGCCGCCAUCCCUCCCGACUCUGACACCGCCGCCGCCAUUGCCGACGCCUGGGCCGCCGUGGCCGAGAAAAUGCCCGCUGCCAUGCCGCCUCCGCCCGGUGUCGACCUAGACCCUCGUCCGGGCCUUCCUGACCUCUGGGUCGAGGGUUAUGACUACGAAGACGACACCGUCUACUUUUUCAACCUUUCUACAGGCCACAUCAUCUACGGCGAGUGCCCGCCGCAAGGCGCGCUUGUCAAGUAUGCCCAGCCGCUGCUUCCGUCCGACGACCUCCCGUCCGCCGUCGCAGACGUCAUCCGCGUCCAGCAAUCAUUUGUGUCCGAGGCCGUACUCCCGGGCCGCGCCUUUGUCAACAACCUUCAUCUCUCGCUCGACACGCUUGAUGCGUCAAAGGUCAAGGUCUCCAUCAAGGCCAAGCUCAAUCUCGGCGUCCGGGUCCAGCUCAAGUCGUCUGACGCCUCCAUUGGCCCUGACGACAACGUGCUCGCCACCUUUUACGGCGGCGCGCUCGACGAGCCGCGCACCGCAUACGCCCAAUCGUCGGUCGCUUUCCAAGUCAAGAACCCGUCGUUCAUGGACGAGUUCAAGCUCGAGCUUCCGCUUGCCCUCGAGCCGGGUACCCAUCUCCUCUUUACCGUCUUUCACGUCAACGUCAAGCUGCCCAAGAAGAAGAAGAACGCCCCGCCCGUCGAGGAAAUCGUCGGCUAUGCCGUCCUCCCGCUCACUACCGCCGCCAUCUACGACUGCCCGCUCAACAUUGUACUCGCGCCCAAGGCGAGCUCGGCGUCAGAUGUGCUCGGCACCGACCUGUCGGCCCCGGGCGUCGCCUGCGCCCGUGACGCUGUCUACCACAAGGCCGGCUCCUCCGCCCUUGUUAUCGGCGACGGCCUCUACGGCCUGCCGUUGGUCUACGAUCUCGCUCCGGGCUACCUCACCGCCGACCUCUCCGACGCCGCUGCAGACAAGGGCCAGCCCAUGCUCGCCCUUCGCACCACCCUCGCCUCCACCGUCCUUGUCCAGGACCCGGCCCUCCACGAGUUUACCCACGUCUACCACACCUCGUUUGACUCGGAGCCUGUCAUGAAGGCUGCCGUCAUCGGUCUCGAGCGCGUCGCCUGCUCACAGACUGUUGCCCACGGCCACCUGCUCCUCCACUACCUGCUCAACGUCGCCCUCUACGGUCGCCAAACCUCCAUCGAGAACGGCGUCCGCAAGCAGGGCGUCGCAGAGCUUGCCUUCCGUGCCCUCCUUCGCACCAUGGACAUUCUCGUCGAGGCCUCGCUCCAUACUGCCCAGGGCCCGCACUCGAUCCUCACCAACUGGGUCAACUACAUUUUUGACGAGGACACCUUCCUCUUGCCACCCAAGUGCUCGGACCAGGCCGACGCCGACGCCUCGGUUCCGUCGCGCGCAGGCCGCCUCUUCUCCGGCAUCCUCGACGUCUGGCUCCCGCUCCUCGCCAAUGCCAAGACGCCCGCCUCCGAGUCGGGCGCUGCACACGCGGCUGUCCUCUUCGAGCUUGUCGUCAAGUCGAUGACCCUCUGGCUUGAUGCCCAGACCCGCGCCGCCGGUGGCACUAGCCUCGGUGACGGCCCGCCCGCCCCGGCCCGCCCAGCCCGCUUUCCGCACCCGUUCCGCCACUCAGUUGCCCAAGUCUUUGAGCUCCUCCGCAAGCACGUCUUUGUCCUCUCCUCCACCGGCCUCGUCGUUGCGCAGCAGCUCAACGCCGCGCUCGCCCUCUUUGCACGCGACCUGUUUGCGCUCAUGAACCGCGGCUUUGUCUACGUCGUUGUUCAGCGCUACGUCCGCCAGUUCACGCCGGCCACGCCGGGCUUCACCGACUCGCUCUACCGCAUCAAGCUCAACUUUCUCAAGAUUGUCUGCGACUACGAGCACGCCAUCUCGCUCUCGCUUCCAGGCCUCGACACCGUCGACUACUUGCUCUCGGUCCCGACCCAAGGCCCUCUUCGCAUGGCUGCACCUGACACCCUGCCUGACGAGGACGAGUCCGGCUCGGCCUCGGCCUCGUCGCCGCUCAAGACUUCGCCGUCGGACGUCGACCUACUUGUCCCGCCCCCGCCCAACUCGGAGGUGAUCGCCGACCCCAACGCGCUCCUUGCUGCUGCCGAGUCGUCGACAAACGACGCCCUUCUUGCUCGGUUCUGGACCGCACACCCGCUCUCGUCGCUGCUGCUCUUUGAGAUUGCGUCAGGCCUCGACAACGUCGAGCGCACCAUCCGGGCCCAGUGCCUCGCCCUCCUCCGCGAUCUGUUCUUCAAGUACGAGCUCGACGCACGGGUUCUUGCGCUCCGCGACGCAGAUGACGAAGGAGUCGGCAACGGCGACAAGGGCGAGCGCGCUGGGCUUCACGCCCAGAUCGCCGCCACCUACUUUCCGUACGUCCGCAUGCUCGCCUGUCUCCCACGCGUCCGCGACGAAUGGGACCGCGCCGAGCAGCGCGAGGCGCUCAUUGGCCUUGUCUGGCUUCUCAAGCGGUGCUCGCGCCGGCUCCUCCGCUCGUGGUGGGACCACGAGGCCGAGUCAAUCCUGCUGGAGUUCUUUGCCCUUCUCUCCACCGUCCUCGAAGCUUUUGAGUACCAGGGCCAGGUCUCUCUCCGCGAGCAACGCAUCAAGGAGGCCGCCGUCGCCGAGUCCAAGGCCAACAAAAAGCUACUCGAGGACAUGUACUCGGGCACUGGCGGAACCCGCCGCUCUUCGUCCGCGGCCUGGGCCGCGUCCGCCUCCACAUCAUCCGGUCUCAUGUCCGCAGCCUCGGGCUGGGGAUCCAUGUCGCGGACCUCGGGCCGCUCGACCAUCAAGCGCACCCGCGGUCGGUCCGGUACCACCACUCGCCCGUCGUCGGUCCGCCGCGCCUCGGUUGCGCGCGGCAGCGACGCAUCCGCCGGACCGAGCGCCGGUGAUGGCGACACCUCUGUCCUCGGCCCGAACACGGGCUCGCUCACUGCCGGCCGUAUGUCCAUGAUGCGCGCGGCGGCGGCGUCGGUCGACGUCACCCCGUUUGACGUCGCACUCGAGACUACGCUCGCCACCGAGGUCUCGCUGGUGGUUCUUGACGUCAUGGAGACGUUUGUCAAGUUCUUUGACGGCCGUCUCCGCAAGGACGCCGGCGAGACGCCGCUCUUUGCGGGCGUCUUCUCCGUCUACCUCUCGCUGCUCGAGACUCAUCAGAGCGAGCGGCUUGUUCGCGCGCUCUACGCGUCGCUUCGGUCGUUUGUGCAGCGCUUCGACUCGAUCUUCUUCAUGGGUGACAACCCGUACUGCUGCGACCUCAUGCGCCUGGUCAUGGUCCACUGCAACUCGGUCUCGGCCGUAAUCCGUGGCGAGGCCACCGCGCUCAUCUACCUGUGCAUGAAGGUCAACUUUAAGCUCCCGACUGGCUACCGCGACUUUUCGCGCAUGAAGCUCCAGGCGACCAACGCGCUCUCGGAGCUUGCCGGCGAAGAGCUCCGCGACGACCGCAACGUCACCCGCGCUCUUCGCGCCAUUGUCCGCUACUCAGAGGAGGACACCUCACCCGAGUCGCGCGACGAGCUUGACUUCCGCGAGCAGGUCACGGAGCUCAUGGAGCGGUUCUUCGACAUCCUCCGCAACUCGGCGCUUCUCAACUCCGCCAAGGGCGAUGUCGAGAUGAAGGGCGAUCUGCUCCACCGCAUCGCGCAGGGCUACAUGAACGCGCCGAACUUGCGGGUCACUUGGCUCCGCAAGCUCAUGAAGUUCCACAAGGCUAAUGGCCAGAUCAUGGAGGCCGCGAUGUGCCAGACCCACCUCGCGGCACUCUCGGCCGAGUUCCUCUUCUGCACCGAGCCCGAGCCGCAUCUGCCCAAGGGCGUCGCCGCCUUCAAGGCCAUCACCCGCAACGCCGAGGAGGAGGCUGCCGUUGCCGACGUCACCCACUCUCAGGCCGAGGGCGUGACCCAGGAGGCGACCUACACUCGCGAGGGCCUUGUCAAGCUCCUGCACGCCGCCGUCGAUGAACUUGUCGCCGCCGAGCUGUGGGAGGCCGCCAACGAGGUCUACAAGAUGCUUAUCCCCAUCUACGCCCGUGAGCGCAACUACCCGAGCCUCGCCGCGCUCCACGGCCACCUCGCCGAGCUCUUUGACAAGAUCCAGCAGUCGAUCGAGUUCCAGAACCGUAUCCUCUCCUCCUACUACCGCGUCGGCUUUUACGGCUCCGCCUUUGAGGAUCUCGACGGCGCGGAGUUUAUCUACCGCGAGGAAAAGAUUACCCGUCUCGCCGAGUUCACCGCUCGCCUGCAAGAGAUCUACGAGACCAAGUUUGCCGCCGCAGGCAUCAAGGUCGUCAUCCUCCGCGACUCGUCCAACGUCGACCGCAAGUCACUCGAUCCGAACACCGCCUUUGUCCAGAUCACCUCGGUCGAGCCGUACUUUGAGGCCCACGAGGCGACCGAGCGGGUCACGUACUACGAGCGAAACACCAACCUUCGCUCGUUCAUCUUUGAGACGCCAUUCACCGAGGGCGGAAAGGCGCACGGUGCCACCGAUCAGCAGUACAAGCGCAAGACAAUUCUCAAGGUCGAGAAGGCCUUCCCGUACCUCACCAAGCGCAUCCGGGUCGCCGAGCGGACCUCGUUUGUCCUCACGCCCAUCGAGAACGCGCUCGAGGAGAUCGAGCGCCGCGUCGAAAAGAUCCGCGCCGAGCUCCGCGGCGAUGCCGCCAACCUCAAGACCCUGCAGAUUGUCUUGCAGGGCUCGGUUCGCCUCCAGGUCAACGCCGGGCCCAUGGAGAUUGCCCGCGUCUUCCUCGGCGACGACGCCGGCAAGUUUCCCGACGAGCACGUCACCGCCCUCCGCGCCGCCUUUGCUGCCUUUAUCACUGCCUGCGGUGAGGCCAUCGCCCUCAACCGCGAGCUCAUCAAGGACGACCAGUACGCCUACCACCAGGAUCUCGAGCAGGGCUACAAGGAGACCCGCGAGUCGCUUGCCCAGUACAUUGCCCCCGGCUCUGACGGUCUCCCCGGCGACGCCGACGACGCCCACCUCGACGACGCCCGCGGCAUCGACUCGUCAUCUGACGUCUCGCUCUCCGACGACGACGACUACUCCAGCUCGUCGUCCACCGAGGAAGUCGUCCUUGUCGAGACCAGAGGCGGCAGCAAGACCGAGGCCAAGGCCGACAAGCCGUCCGUCCCCUCAGUCCCGCCGCCCAAGGCACCGGCUGCAGAGACCUCUGACUCGUCUGACGACGACGAGGACUCGAGCUCGUCGUACGACUCGUCGUCAUAGCCGCUGAAACCGCACCACACGGUCGGUCGAGCAAGUGAACAACACAGAACAUA